AUGGCGCAUUAUGAACUGCCAAAGCAGAUAGAUGGCCACAACUGUGGAAUUUUUAUCUACAUGGUCGUUAAAUACACGUUAGAUAAAAGCAAACCAAUUGGAAACGAAUUUGAUCCAAUAAGAUGUAGAUUAAAAAUAUUUGAUGAUUCAAAUGGAGGCAUAAGUCCAUUGUUAAAAGCUCAGCGUAAUCGACAAAUUUUUACUGUUAAUUUGGAACAAGAAAUAGCGAAAGGUAUAGGCAGAGAAGAGUUACUUAAGAUUGACUUAUUCUGGAAGAAUAAAUGCUUUUUAGGGUUAACUGAAAAUGGUCCCAAAGGCAACGAUGAAUCUUUACAAAACCUAAAGAGCAUAAUAACAAGUAACUACAAUGCUUUAGAAAGAAAAGAGAAAAGUAUGGUUAACGCGUUCAAUCGAAUUUUUGAGAAUGUGCACAAAACGGGAGAUAGUUUUGUUAUAUAUGAUAUUUUUGGGAAUAAAAUUGUCUAUUAG